AUGACAGAUACAGGGGAUGAUAGGACGAGCAUUCUUCCAUUUAGGGGUGCAGAAUUUUUUCAGUUCGGGAAUAAUGUUGCUGCUGGUGGUGCUGCCGGUGGUGAGACACAUGUUGAUGCAUGUCGAAAUAUUAAACUUCCCGGUUUUUUUCAUUCUGAUCCAAAAUUAUGGUUUUUACAAGCCGAAUUGAUGUUCGAAUUUAAUCGCAUUACCGGCGAACGCCAAAGAGCGGGUGCUAUAAUUUCAGUCCUGGAUUAUGAUAUCAUUCAGACAAUUAGCGACUUAUUAGGUGAAACACCUCCAUCUCCUAGACUUUAUACCCGGAUUAAAGAACGCAUUAUUACCAACUUUUCUGUCUCCCCUGAAAAGGAACUUCGCUCUAUUCUUCGCGGUGAAAUCCUCACAGACGGAAAACCAUCAAUGAUCCUUAGUAAAAUUAGGCAUUUGAGCAGAGGUCGUUGUUCUGAAGAGAUCAUUAAAUCGGUAUUCCUUGAGCAGUUGCCGGAUAAUUGUAGGGCGAUUUUAUCUUUGUCGGAAGUUGAUGACGUUUCUCGAUUGGCUGUUGUCGCGGACAAAAUUGUAGCAAACUUUUCCCCGGCGGAAAAUUCGGUCAACGCUGUUUCGGCAGACAACGAAAUUUUAAAGAAAUUGGAGGUUUUGACAAAAAGAAUCGACGCAUUGUCGACUGAACCUCGUUCUCAAGGGCAUUCACGUUCAAGAUCGUUUUCUAGAAAUCGCUACAGGCCCCGAGAUCGUUCUCAUCAUUCUCGUGAUUUUUCAAAAGACAAACGCAACGGUAAAUGUUUUUAUCAUUUUAAAUUCGGCACGAACGCGAAAUAUUGCAAAUCUCCUUGUAAUUUGAAAGAAAAAUCGAAACCUAGUACGGAAAACUAG